UUCUACGCAGUUGACACUUAUGAAGCCCAAAAAUUGAGUAAAAUUAAGAGGAGGAGGAAGAAGAAUUAGAAGUUGAGCUGAUCGAAUAUCACUCCUCUCGUAAGAUGAGAGGCGGUUUAACAUCGCCAUCUCUUUCCGCGAUCUUCCUUUUCCUCGGUAUCAACAUUGUCUUGUCAGUCAGAGCAGAGGUUUCACCCACGCUUCGAAGAGAAAACAGACUGUAUGCCCCAUCAUAUGACUGCCCAAACUGCAUUGAAAGAAGGGAUCGAGGAAAUAUCAGUUCUACUGAUCAUCCUUGGAAGGAUUUUGACAUAAUUGUAACAUACAGCGACCCUUCUGGUGCUGUUCAAAUUAGGAGUGUUAGAUCUAGAGACCUAUCUUCUUCAUGGGUAUGGAGAAACCAUAGAAAGGAGAAACACAAUAGAAUAGUACAGGACUCAUUUCAAACUAAACUGAGCUAUAGAAAAAAUGGGGACAGUUGGAGUGACAAUCACCAAUUUCAAGGUGAAACCUCACAAGCACAAGCGUAUCCGGUGCAUCCUGUGAAACUUAAGAGACAGAUGCUACGACGGGAAAGGAGGGAGAGGAGAACUGCAGAUCUGAUAAAACAAGACAAAGAGAUAGAAAACCAAAUGCAAGAAGAAGCCAUUAAACGAGCUAGGGAGCUUGACACCAAUAUCAAGGGGAAAUACAGCAUAUGGAGGAAAGAGUAUGAAAAUCCCAACGCUGACUCCACAGUAAAACUUAUACGAGACCAGAUCAUAAUGGCCAAGGCUUAUGCAACAAUUGCUAUGGCUAAGAAUGAGACCGUGCUUUAUAAUUCUCUGAUUGAACAGUCCAGAGAAAGUCAACUUGCAAUAGGAGAAGCAACAAACGAUGUUGAACUCCUUCCAAGUGCUCUUGAUCAAGCGAAAGCCAUGGGACACAUUCUAGCUACAGCAAAGGACCAGUUAUAUGAUUGUGUUCUGAUAGCAAGAAAGUUGAGAGUAAUGCUUCAAUCUAGUGAGACUAAUGUAAAUUCGUUCAAGAAGAAGAGCACAUUUCUGAUACAGCUUGCUGCAAAAACUGUUCCCAGACCAUUGCAUUGCAUUCCCUUAGUUCUCACCACAGAUUAUCACCUAAGUAAUUAUGAUAAAAAAGUUUUUCCUAACAAAGAAAAACUUGAAGAUCCAUCUUUGUACCAUUAUGCCAUCUUUUCUGAUAAUGUACUUGCAACAUCUGUGGUCGUGAACUCAACAACACUACACGCAAAAGAACCUGGAAGGCAUGUGUUCCAUAUAGUCACCGAUAAGCUGAACUUUGCAGCUAUGAAAAUGUGGUUUCUAGUAAAUGCUCCUGCAGGUGCAACAAUUGAAGUUAAGAACGUUGAUGACUUCACUUGGCUGAAUUCUUCAUACUGUCCUGUCCUCCGUCAGCUUGAAUCUGCACGGAUGAUAGAAUACUAUUUCAAGGCACAUCAAUCAUCAUCUCUCACUGGUGGUGCUGACAAUCUCAAAUAUAGGAACCCAAAGUACUUGUCAAUGCUUAAUCAUCUUAGAUUUUACCUUCCUGAAGUUUAUCCAAAGCUGGAUAAGAUAUUGUUCCUGGAUGAUGACAUUGUUGUUCAGAAGGACCUGACACCUCUAUGGUCUGUUAAUCUGAAUGGGAUGGUGAAUGGUGCUGUGGAAACCUGCAAAGAGAGCUUCCAUAGGUUUGACAAGUAUCUGAACUUUUCAAAUCCAAAGAUAGCUGAUAAUUUUGAUCCAAAUGCUUGCGGCUGGGCAUUUGGCAUGAAUAUCUUUGAUUUGAUCGAAUGGAGGAAACGUGACAUUACUGGAAUAUAUCAUCACUGGCAAGAAAUGAAUGAGGACAGGACUCUCUGGAAACUUGGGACGCUGCCACCGGGGCUGAUAACUUUCUACAACUUGACCCACCCUCUGGAUCGGAGUUGGCACGUUCUUGGGUUGGGCUACGACCCAGCUCUUAACCAGACAGAGAUAGAGAAUGCUGGUGUUGUACAUUAUAAUGGAAACUAUAAACCAUGGUUGGAUCUUGCCAUAGCCAAGUACAGAUCAUACUGGUCCAAAUAUGUCAUGUAUGAUAACUUCUAUUUACAAGUGUGCAACCUGAAUCAAUAAUGAGGGAUGUUUUUUAUUUUCUUCAUGUAUAAAAUGGUUGGCUUAAGCUUUUUCAUGUUUUA